CUCUGAAGAACAAAAGAAUUGGGUUUUCUAAAUCUUCUGUCAUAGCUAUCUUGUAGCUUGUUUUUGGUUUGAUAUGAGCUUAUUUGGUAACCAUGUGAGCAUGAACGCUCUUAUAUUCCACUUCUUAUGGUUUCAGGGAUAUAAAUGGCAUCUGAACCUGUAAAUGUCAAUGAAUUCCAAGAAUUGGCUAAGCAAGUCCUUCCAAAAAUGUACUAUGAUUUCUAUACUGGGGGAGCUGAGGACCAGUUCACGCUAAAAGAGAAUGUUGAAGCAUUUCGCAGAAUCAUAUUAAGGCCUAGAGUUCUGGUAGAUGUUAGCAGGAUCGAUAUGUCAACCACUGUAUUGGGUUACAAAAUCUCAGCACCGAUAAUGAUUGCUCCUACUUCUAUGCAUCAGUUAGCACACCCUGAAGGAGAGGUGGCUACUGCUAGAGCUGCAGCUGCAUCCAACACUAUAAUGAUUUUGUCCUACUCUUCUACCUGCACUGUGGAGGAGGUUGCUUCGAGCUGCAAUGCUGUUCGGUUCUUUCAAUUAUAUGUUUUCAAGAGACGAGAUAUAUCGGCUCAGAUAGUUCAAAGAGCUGAAAAAAAUGGAUACAAGGCUAUUGUACUAACUGUCGAUGCUCCCAGGCUUGGUAGAAGAGAGGCAGACAUAAAGAACAAAAUGAUUUCACCUCAUUUGAAAAACUUCGAAGGCCUAAUAUCAACUGAACUAGACUCUGAUGAAGGAUCCAACUUGGAAGCUUUUGUCAGAGCGGUCUAUGAUGAUUCUAUGUGCUGGGAGGACGUAAUAGGAUGGUUAAAAUCUAUUACAAACUUGCCAAUUCUAGUCAAGGGUAUACUCACUCAUGAAGAUGCAAGAAAGGCUGUGAAAGUUGGUGUUGCCGGGAUUGUUGUCUCUAAUCAUGGAGCACGACAACUUGACUACACUCCGGCCACCAUUUCUGUCCUGGAAGAGGUGGUUCAAGCUGUUGGAGGGAAAGUUCCUGUUCUUUUUGAUGGAGGAAUACGACGAGGAACUGAUGUCUUCAAGGCAUUAGCCCUCGGUGCACAAGCCGUCCUUGUUGGAAGGCCUGUUAUCUAUGGCCUUGCAGCAAAUGGAGAAAAUGGGGUGAGAAAGGUCAUGAAGAUGUUGAAGGAUGAGUUAGAGCUCACUAUGGCUCUCUCUGGCUGUCCUAGUGUUAAGGAUAUUACCAGGAGCCACGUGAGAACAGAAUGUGAAAGACUCCGCUCCCAGCUUUAACUCCUUCAAGCAUCAAAAUAAGAACUGGAGUCAUUAUCCAAUUUGGGAAAUCUGCAAAUUAAUGUUUAUCCAAAGUAGACCUGAAAGCUCCCGACAUUAAUUUACUUGUUAAACAAAUUUUAUAGAGAAAAAUUCAGUUACCGUCCCCAAACUAUGCUGCCAAGGCCAAUUUGAUACCCAAACUCUCAAAAGUAUCAAUGUGAUACCCAAACACGUAUUUUGACAUCAA